AGACGACUAUUCAGAAACGCUCAAAUGCGGUUCGAAUCUCUCUUACCUAGUCCCGAAAUUUAUAUUGAACUUAAAGCCUUAUUCCGACAUCAAUUUGGGUCUACGUCCAUCCAACGACGUAUACGUCAAGACAUUUGUUCUCCAGUAUAAGUCUUCCCGCGGACUGGCAAAUCACACUGUGAUGUGGAUUGCCAAAGCAAAGUAUCUGUCUCUUCCAGUAGAUCCAUACGACCUAGUCGGUAUUAUCACUCAACAUUAUCUCACUCCUCUAG